AUGAACAACGUCAGCGUGGCUCUUCUGCAGCUGGAGGGGUUAAAGGUCAGCGCUGCGGCCUCUGUUCCCGCCUUCGUCCUGCUCCUCCUCAUCUACGUCUUCAUCAUGGUGUCUAACCUGGGCCUGGUGCUGCUGAUCUCCACGGAGCGGAGCCUCCACCAGCCCAUGUACCUGCUCUUCUGCAACAUGAGCAUCAACGACGCGUUGGGAGCCAGCGCGGUCGUCCCUCGUCUGCUGAGCGACGUCCUCCUCCCGGGUUCGGACCGACACAUCUCUUACGUGGACUGCGUGGUUCAGGCGUUCUGCGCUCACUUCCACGCGAGCACCGCUCACACCGUGCUGAUGAUCAUGGCCUUCGACCGCUACGUGGCGAUCUGCGAGCCGCUGCGGUACGCCGCCAUCAUGACCAACACGAUGCUGGUGAGUUUGUCGCUGUCAGCCUGGACGGCGUCUCUGCUCCUGGUGGCCGUGCUCCUGGGCCUCAGCGUCCGGCUGCCGCGCUGCAGGAGGAUCAUAUUCAACCCGUUCUGUGACAACGCCUCCUUGUUCAAACUCUCGUGUGAGAGUGUCCUCAUCAACAACAUCUACGGCCUCGGCUACACCGUGGUGCUGCUGGGCUCGUCCCUCGGCAGCGUGACGCUCACCUACCUGAGGAUCGCCAUGGUGUGUCUGAGCAGCCGGAACCAGGCGCUGAGCCGCCGGGCGCUGCAGACCUGCGCCUCCCACCUCGCCGUCUACAUCAUCAUGUUUGUGUCCGGCUCCAUCAUCAUCGUCCUCCAUCGUUUCCCCCACCUGUCCGACCACAGGAAGCUGGCCUCCAUCAUGUUCCACGUGGUUCCUCCCGCCAUGAACGCCGUCAUCUACGGACUGCAGAUCAAAGCGGUCCGAGAGAAAAUCCGCCUCCUGUUCACGAAGAGAAACCACAGACCUCUAAGUUAA